AUGUUGUCAAUAGCCGAUGUAAUUAAUGCGUCUGCAGGAUACACAAAACCAAUGCGUUCUGGUGAAGAAUUAUUACGGAGUGAAAUGGUGAUUUUGGUUGGAAAAAAAGAGAAAAAUAAUAACAUAAUUCACGUACAAGCACUGGUACUGCGCACGUCGGGAUUAAAUUCCAAACAUCCAGCCAUUAUAAAACUGUGGAUAGAUGUAUCUCAAGAAUAUGGAAAUAGAUUAGUUGGUGAUAAUGAACAAGAAGUCACAAAGGUCUGCGAUUGCCCUGCUAGAGCUUCAGAGAAAUGUAAACACAUAUUAGCUGUCAUGCUUUAUCUCUCAAGAACUGAGGAGGCAGAUCUGGAGGACCUGAGUUGUACGGACAUUGAGAAACAAUGGGGUACACUUAAAACUACAGCAUUGAAGGAAUACGAAGCAAAAUCAUUGUCUUCAGACAAUGAUUUCUGUCCCUCUGUCCUUUCACAUGGCACAUUGAAAUGUGCCAUGUGA